AUGACAUCUCCUGCGAACAACGUAAAGCGCUUAUCUCAAACCAAAAAGAAACCCCUUCAUGUUGGAAGCCAACCAAAUCGUCUUUCUGAAGCAGGUCUCUCGUUGAACUGCCCUUUUUCUAACUUAAUAUUGCCAGAACAAGAUGAAUUCGAGGUUUUCCAAAAACAGUCAUAUCGGCCAACAAGUCCAAUUUUUGGUAUUCUUUCAAGGCAGCAGGCUCGGGGCCAGUUCUUUUCCGAAUCGACAGGACUGCCAGUUAAAAAUAAUGAGAUAUCAGAAUCCUCAAAUUUGGUGGAAUGUAAAUGUGGUCAAGAUCGAGGUAGAGAAUAUUGUAAUGAAUGGGAACACAUUCAUGGACUUGAAGGGAAGGCUCACCAUCGGCAUCAAUCAGUACAGCAACGCUAUUCUACUUCACAGGAGCCUCAACUACGCAGGAAUUCAUUGAAUCGAAAGCGUAGCGUACCAGCCAGGCUAGUGCAUACAAAUAAUGCCAUCUUACAAGUAGGACCCGGUCAUAAAAACACUCUAGGUCUCAUCUUCACUAACUCCUCACACUGUGGACCUGCAGUUUCCCCACAAACGCCAACGCUG